AUGGAAUCAAGUUUCUACGGAUUCGGUGUAACCAAUAUUGCAGGCUCAUACUACUCUUCAUGCUCGACUCCAACCACACUAGUCCCCUCGAAAUCCAACUCCGGAUGCUCGCCUAAUUCACCUCUCCCCACUUAUUUCCACCAAGGCACAAAAACAUACGACGACAACAUGAACCAAUACGACGAAUAUAACUCUUCACUUGAUCACACCACCAACUAUCAUAAUUAUUAUUAUCAUCCCCACCUAUCAGAAUACAUCCCACAAAUCCCCUCCGACCAGCAGCAGAUGAGACACGCCCUGCACGAACUCGAGACUGCCCUCAUGUCCACAGACGACGACGAACCCCCCGCUGAUGUGGCAGCACCCACAACAGCACCGCAUCUCAAAUUCCGCCACAUGGCGACCCUCGGUGCCAUCGCCGAGGCCUGCGGCAAUGAAGCCCGGAUCCACAUCGUCGACUUCUGGGCCGACUGCUGGGCCCACUGGGCCGUCCUACUGCGAGCCCUUGCGGGAAGGCCCGGUGGGCCCCCAAGCGUUCGCAUCACGGCCGUCGACCCCAAUUGGUCAGAAAGCCUCGAAGCCGUGGGAAAACAAUUGGAGGAGGUCUCGAGGGAAUUUGUAAUCCCGGUUGAGUUUCGGGUGGUCCCUGAAUUUUGCCUCACGGGCGUGAGGCCGGGAGAGGAGGCUUUGGCGGUUAACUUUGGUACGCGCGUGGGGUGCUGUGAUUUGGAUGGGAUAGUGGGGAUGGUGAGGUUGGUUGGUGCGAGGGUGGUGACGGCUGUGGAGGAGGAGAUGAGGUGGAGGUCGAGAAUGGUGGCGGGGGGCUUCCGGAAGUUUCCGCUGAGUUCGUAUGUGAGCUCGGUGACGAGGGAGCUGUUGGGAUGCUAUUCGGAGCACUACUCGGUGGUGGAGGAGGAUGGGGCUGUGAUGUUGAGGUGGAAGGGUAGGACCGUCAUAUCUGCUUCUGCCUGGCAAUGA